GAGCUUCACUGAGCAGUCGUCGGUCUUUAAAAAUGCAGGAUAACCAUACAGAAAGAUUUGACAUUUUGACCUCCAAGAUUCAGAUGACACAGCCAGCCUUCAACUUCAAUUCCUGUUCCACAAAUGCCACGGUCUGCAACGGUGCCUCCUGUGUGUUGCCCAGUGAUGAUUCUAACAGGAUUUUGAGCGUGGCUUUAAGUACUGUCCUAACAAUCAUGUUGGCACUGGUGAUGUUCUCUAUGGGCUGCAACGUGGAGCUACAUAAAUUUUUAGGGCACAUUAAAAGGCCAUGGGGCAUUAUGGUGGGUUUCCUCUGCCAGUUCGGAAUUAUGCCUCUUACUGGCUUUGUGCUGGCACUUGUUUUUGAAGUGCUUCCUAUACAAGCCGUUGCAGUGAUCAUUAUGGGAUGUUGUCCUGGAGGAACUGCUUCCAACAUCUUAGCCUACUGGGUAGAUGGUGACAUGGACCUCAGCAUUAGUAUGACAACAUGUUCCACCCUGCUGGCCCUAGGGAUGAUGCCACUUUGCCUCUUCAUUUACACCAAAAUAUGGACAGAUUAUGACUCCCUUUUCAUCCCAUAUGACAGUAUUGGCAUUUCAUUGGUAGGUCUUGUAAUUCCCGUCUCCUUGGGAAUAUAUGUUAAGAAUCGAUGGCCUGAAAAAGCUAAAAUCAUACUAAAGCUUGGCUCCAUUAGCGGCGCAGUUCUCAUUGUCAUCAUAGCGGUAGUAGGAGGAAUUUUGUACAAAGGAUCCUGGACCAUCACUCCUCAACUCUGGAUUGUUGGAACCAUCUUUCCGGCCGCUGGCUAUUCAUUAGGCUUUUUCCUAGCUCGCUUAGCCGGCCAGCCUUGGCACAGAUGUCGAACAGUGGGUCUGGAAACAGGGAUGCAGAACACUCAGUUGUGUACAACAAUUGUGCAGAUCUCCUUCAGCCCUGAACAACUGGCAUUAAUGUUUACUUUCCCACUCAUCUACAGUAUUUUCCAGCUAGCUUUCGCAGGAAUAAUCUUGGGAGGCUAUCAGGUACACAAAAAGUAUUUUGCCAAUCGAAAGAAAGACUUGUCUGAUGAAGAAAGUGAACCUGCGGCAUUGCCGGCACCAAUGUACUCAACAACAAACGGAGGAUUUAAGUCAGAGGAGGAAGAUGCAGAAACCCACAUGUCAGGGACGGCUAACGGGAAAAUCUAAAAAAUGGCUUUGCUGGAACUUUUACUGUAAUAUAUAUAUAUAUAUAUAUUGCUUGAAGGGAACUAUUUUGCACAUGGAAAUGUUUUGUACAGAAACUGUGUUUCUUUUAAAUUAUUCAUGUAUAGUUGGAUCCCUUGACAUUUUGUCUUCCUUUUGAAUGAAACUUGGGGAGGGAAAUUGUUUUUGAUCUUGAUUUUUCAAUAGAUAUCAUGUUUUGCCCUGUAGGAUAUGGCAAAGUAGAA